AAUGUAACUUAGGAUUUUUUCUGUGAGUUUAGUGAGCAAUCACCGUGUGUUCUCUCAAGAUCCCUUUUACAGACAACUUUUCUGGUAGAUAACAAGAAGGUGUUUGGCACUCACCUCAUGCAAGACAUGGUAAAAGAUGCUUUAAGAUCUUUUGUCAGUCCUCCAGUACUUUCUCCAAAGUGUUGUCUUUAUAAUAAUCACCAAGCAAAGGACUACAUUGAUUCCUUUGUGACACAUUGCGUUCGGCCAUUCUGUAGUCUGAUUCAAAUCCAUGGACACAAUAGAGCUCGUCAGAGAGAUAAACUGGGUCACAUUCUUGAGGAAUUUGCCACUCUCCAGGAUGAGGCAGAGAAAGUAGAUGCAGCACUUCAUAGUAUGUUACUGAAGCAGGAACCUCAAAGGCAACAUUUGGCUUGCUUGGGCACCUGGGUCCUAUAUCAUAACCUUCGUAUUAUGAUACAGUAUCUUCUGAGUGGCUUUGAGUUGGAACUUUACAGUAUGCAUGAAUAUUACUACAUAUAUUGGUACCUAUCAGAGUUCCUCUAUGCCUGGUUGAUGUCAACUCUGAGCCGUGCUGACAGCUCUCAAAUGGCAGAGGAGAGGAUAAUGGAGGAACAACAGAAAGGCCGUAGUAGUAAGAAAACAAAGAAAAAGAAAAAAGUUCGGCCUCUCAGCAGAGAGAUCACCAUGAGUCAAGCAUACCAAAAUAUGUGUGCUGGGAUGUACAAGACAAUGAUUGCAUUUGACAUGGAUGGCAAAGUAAGAAAACCUAAGUUUGAACUGGAUAGUGAACAAGUUCGAUAUGAGCACAGGUUUGCUCCAUUCAACAGUGUUAUCACGCCACCCCCGGUGCACUACUUGCAGUUCAAAGAAAUGUCUGAUUUAAAUAAGUACACCCCACCUCCUCAGUCAUCAGAUCUCUACAUGGCAGCUAGCAAACACUUCCAGCAAGCUAAAAUGAUUCUUGAGAAUAUUCCUAAUCCAGACUAUGAGGUCAACCGAAUUCUGAAAGUUGCUAAACCCAAUAUUGUGGUCAUGAAGCUGCUGGCAGGAGGCCACAAAAAAGACUCUAAGGUUCCUCCAGAAUUUGACUUCUCCCCUCAUAAAUACUUUCCAGUUGUGAAGCUUGUUUGAAAAACAAGAGAUUAUUGUUAGGAUACCUGAAACAUAGUCUGUGUAUCAGAUACCUGCUGUAAGAUGGAAUAUCUAGUCUGCACCCAGACUGUGAGAGGGAUCUCCAGGAUAAAAGUACUGUUACAUGGAAUAUCUGUAGUCUGACUUUUUUUACGUUAUCUGAAUGACAGCUACUGUUUUGAAGUGGUCUAUAUAAAGUUUUAUGGGUGAAGCUGAUUUUAAUCAACUGUAUUGUUGGAGAAUGUUGUACCUUAAUUGAUUUUAUUAAAGAUUUAAUC